ACUCUCACAACACUAUUUAAUAUGCAUCGGCUAAAAAAAUUUGUUCAGAAAAAGCGCGUUAGUGCAAAAAAUAAUUAAUUUUCCUUUAAAAACUCUGCAAUUAAUGAAGAAAAACUAUUAAAUUACUUUCUAUAAAACAUAAGUGAAGUUUUUAAAGUGUCAAUUUAUAGAAAAAAUAUAAUUUUGAAAGGAAAAAAUAGCUAACGCAAAGUUUCUGUAAAAUUCCAAAACAACACACACACUUUGCUCGUUCGUUGUGAAAAUAACUUGGUACAGCCUUUAGAAAAGUUUGUGUUUUGGGACAUUAAUGGAAAAAAUGCGACAACAACUUUUCUAAAAAAGAACAAAAAAAGUGAAAAUUCCCAUAAACGACCAAAGUAUAAAACUUGACCUUGUGUGUGGAUAUAAAAAAAUGGAAGACAUUGAAUAUCUGGAAGAGUACGAAGAUUUAGUGUUACCUGCGUUAAAUUCAGCGGCUGCAGCUGCGGCCGCCGCAUCGUCGGCCUCCACUUCAUCAAAAUCGAAUAAUAACAAUAAUAAAAAUUCACAAAAUCCAAAAGCUAAUAAUGACGACGGUGAUGAUUCUUCAUCAUCUUUAGAUCAGGAUAUAUUUAAUUGUUUAUUCGAUGAUAAUUCAGAAGAUGAUGAGGAUGAUUUGAAUGAUUAUCAAAGAAGUGAAAACGAAACUGCUUUAAGAAGAAAUUCAGCAUCUUUUGAUUCCUAUGACUCUUUAGAUGAUAAAAUUGAUGAACUAGGAGCAAAAAUUAUACAAAAAGUAGAAAUAUCAAGACAAGAAAUCACAACUAAUUUUAAUACAGAUGAGAAAACAGCUAAUAAAAUAACUUCUUCAACACCCAAACCUAAAACUUUCCCAACAAAAACCAGUGGCGUUAAUACGCAAACCACACCUAACCCUAGAACUCAAACAACACUUGCCAAUAAACCCAAAUCAAUAGCUACUGUUAGACCAACAGUACAGAAUCAACAACAGAAUUUACAAAAUAAAACAAAUUUAUUACAAAGAACAGCAGCAGCACGUUCAACUUCCUCUAUAUCAACAACCACAUCAUCAUCCAUAAGCCAACGACAAAAACCUACCACCUCCACCUCUUCUACAUCAGCAGCAACAUCUUCACGACCAGUGCAAUUGCCAGCAUUAGCACGUAAACCUUUAGCAUCAGCAGCCAGCACAUCAGGAUCAGUUAAACAAGCUUCUUCCUCAAACAAUCCUAAAGCUACAACCACAGUUGUAAAAAAGGUAACCAAACGUCCUGCUACUAUAGUAAGACCUGAGAAGAUUAUUACAAAAGAUCCUGCCAAUGAUCCUUUAGAUCUAGACGAUCUAUCGGAAGCAGGCUCUGAUAACUAUUCUUUAUCAGACAUUUCUGGAGAAACUUAUAAUUCAAUUAGUGAGUUUGAUGAUGAUGAUAGCAAUGAUGAAUACUAUUCCGGUGACGAUUACUAUGAUGAUGAAGACGAUGAAGAUGUCUUAAGUCAUAGUUCACAAGUUAUAGAAUUAUCUAAUGAUUCCAGUGGUACGACUUCUAAUUUGGAAGAUUAUCGCGCCUCAACACCUUCACCCGUUAUAUCAGACGAUAGUGCUACACCCAGCAGUUCUUCUGGUUUUAAACUACGCAAAACUAAAGCCAUCAAGCCAUACGAGCAUCCACUAAUAAUCGAAAGUGUUUUAACAAAGGGAGAAAAACCAAAAUUAUUGGAACUCCUACAAACAUACAAUUUACUCGAAGAUACUGGAGAAGAGGAAGAAGAAGUUAAUAUUGUUAUUGAUAUAACAGCCUCCAGAGAAAAUUUAGUAGAUAGUUUUGAACAAGCACCCACCACCACGGCCACAACCACAACGAACCCGUCAUUAACAAAUCCAACUACACCAAAGCACUCCAAUAAAACGAAUAAGAAAAGAACUAAAAAGAAAAGUGUUAAGAAUAUGGAUUACAGAGGCAUAAGUUCGCCCGGAGGUGCAUCGACUGAUUCGGAUUUAUCGGCGGUAGAAGAACUGCUGGAAGAAUCGUAUGCUGAGGCCAUGAAACAUAAAGUUAAAUACAAUCCAGAGAUAACACUGGCAGAUAUUGAAUUGGAAGGCGAAGAAGAGGUUACAGCGGAGGUGGAAAUUAUUCAAAAACAGGAGGAAAAUAAAUAUAAAUUAGCAAAAACUGGUGUUGUAAUUGAUUAUGACGAUAAUGCUGUAGAGGAAGUUAGUGAAGAUAAAGGAAGUAACGAAAAGCAACAGGAACAGAAAGUUAGGGAAGAAAGUGUCAGGGAAGCAAAGGAAGUGGAAAAUAAGGAACAAGAGAAAUUAACAAAAGAAACAAAGGAGUUGGAAGAGUCGAAAGAAAUGGAAGUUAAUAAUGAAAAAUUAACGGAAGGUGGUUUAGAAACUAAAGAAAUACCAGCAACUGCUGCUGAACAGAGUGCUAUUAUAAGCGAAUGCUUUUUGCCUGCAGAAACCCAAGAUAGCCAGGAAGCUACAAAUUUAAAACAAAAUAUCACGGACUCACCACAAACACGCAAAAAGAAACGUUUUAGAAAUUUAAACACACCAGAAACCAAUGAAGAAACGCCUGCACCAUUGCUUAGCUUAGAUGAUGUAGAUGAUUUUAAAGGCUUUGAAGAGCAACCCACUACUACGGAUAACAAAACUGAUUUGGAAACAAAAGUCCUGGAGACACCCAAAAAAUCUUCAAACACUAGUUCUGUAACAGAAAAAGCUUCUAGCUCCUCCUCAGCUUCAUUUAAAAGUCCUACAAAUUCUCAUAAAUCUUUAAAGGAUAAAACAAAAGAAUCUAGUGAAAAAAGCUCCCGCGAUAAAGAUACAAAAGAUAAAAGUUCCAAACAUUCUUCAAGUAAAAGUUCUCGAGACAAUUCAAAAGAUAAAAGUUCAAGGGAAAGUUCUCGUGAUAAAAGUUCACGAGAAAGUUCUAAAGAUCGUUCACGCGAAAGCUCUAAAGAUCGUUCUAGACAUAGUCAUGAUAAGGAAAGCAAACGUCAUCAUCAUCAUAAGGAACAUAGAAGAUCUAGUGAUUCUAAGGAUCAUAGAAAAUCUAGUGAUUCUAAAGAAUCUUCUAAAUCUCGAGAAUCUAGCAAAUCUAGAGAGCACAAAGAAACAAAAGACACCCACAAAAGUUCAAGUGCUAAAAGAGAACACUCAACAGAGGGAGGGAAAGAAAAGACAAAGGAAAAACAGGAUAUAAAAGAAACAAAACCUAUAAAAACAGAAACAAAAGAUUCUAGUAAAAGUUCUGACAUUAAAAAAGAAAACUCACAGGAGGGAACGAAAGAAAAGUCUGCAGAAAAGAAGGAUAUAAAACCGAAAGAAGUGGAAAAUGAUACAGCUAAAACCAGUAACGACAGCAAGAUUCCCAAAGAUUCAGAUAAUAAUAAGAAGGAGUCCAAAGAUCUCAACAAAACUUUGGAGAAAAAGGAUAUGGAAAAACCUAAAGAAAAAGUAGCUGAAAAAUCCCUUAAUACAGCUAAGGAUAAAACCAAAGAUCCUCCUGCUAAAACAACAACAUCUUCAAGCAAAAUUACAACUACUUCUUCAACCCCUACUAGUUCACGUGAUUCUUCAAAAGAACGUAAAAAUUUGAGUAAAACACCCAAUUUAAAUAAAAGUAGCUCGAGUAGCAGUAUUAGUAGUAAUAAAACUGAUAAGUCUGAUUUCUCUAAGAAACCUAAACCUACCGCAGAUCUAAAUAAAUCUUUAAAUACUAAAACUGAUACAAAUAAACCCAAUAAUCCUACUACAACAACGGCAAAUAAAUCUACAACCAAGACUGCUUCCCCCGUUAAAGUGUCUAAUACAAAUGAAAAACCAAAAGUUGAAACUAAAACUUUGUCAGAACAAAAGGAGGGAACUAAUACAAAGGAGUUGCCGAAAUCUAAGGAAUCGGUUAAAGAACAAACAUCGGCUAUCUCUGCUAAAGAACAGAAAUCAGAUAAAUCUGAAACUAAAACGACGACUGAAACAACUAAAGUUGCAACACAGAAUCCAGUUGUUGCUAAAACUCCUAAAGUUGAUUUAAAUACUUCAAAGACUUCAUCAACUGCUGCCUCAUCCUCUAAAACUAAUACUACUGAAGGACCUAAAAAGGAUUCCAGUUCUGACUCUAAAAAAACUAGUGCUGAGACCAACAAAGAGAAAAAAGACUCAAAUCAAGCACCAUCCAAAGCAGUGGAAGUUAAAAAUACUGACAAACCUACUGCUGAGGAAAGCAAAACAACUAAAGAGAAAAAAGAAGAUCCUCCUGCAACUAAAGAUACUAAAAAUACCAACAACCAAACGCCUUUAAAAACAACAUCUAAAGAAACUAUUGUUACACAAACCAGCAACAAACAAACUCCACUUAAAACGCCGGCUAAAGGAACCAGUAUUUCGGGAACCAAUACAAAAAACACAGAAACAAAACCUCAAACUUCUGGAAUAUCGAAAACGCCCAUAAAAACACCAGCUAAAGAAACUUCUGUUACACAAACCAGUAAUAAACAAACUCCAAUUAAAACACCUGCUAAAGGAAUUUCGGGCAGCAAUACAAAAUCCACUGAAACAAAACCUCAAGCUACUGGAAAACCAGAAACUAAGGAAACUAAAGAUGUCAAUGCUUCGAAUGCGGGAAAACCCGAGGAUCUCAAAGCUCAAGAAAAGUCGGCAGAUUUCAAGAAACCAAUACAAAGUUCCAAGAAUACUACAGCCACGGAACAAGCAAAAAGUUCGGAAGCUAAGACUAAGGAUAAUAAAAGCAUACCAAUGUCACCGAAAGCAAAACCUAAACUGAACCAGGUACAGACACAGAAAACUAAAUUAGAUGCAACAACAAAUAAAAAAGUUGAAACUACAACUGAAAAAGAAAAGCAGGAAGUGGUUAACAAACAGCAAGCUACUAAGACCAUCAGUAAUGUAAAGUCCGAGAAGCCUAAAGAUAUAAAAACAAUAGAAACUAUAACUCCACAAAAUCCUAAAACGGAAACUAGCAAAACAAAAGAUGCUACAGUUACUGAGAGUACAAGUCAGCCACUAAAGAAAUCUCAAAGUGAAAAGGAGAUAAAAAUGAUGACAAGAACUAAUACAGACACUUCUAAAGAUACUAAUAAAGAGAUCUCAGUUCCCGAAACUAAAGAAGCAGUCCCACAAGAGACCCCCAGCUCUUCUGCUAAGCAGCCUCUUAAAGAAACUGCAGCAACUAAAACCGAUCUAAAAGAGACUGAAAAGGCAACAGACAAAAAACAAGCCAUACAAUCAAAGACAGACGAAUCAAAGGCAGACAAAACUAAACUUCCACAAAAUACCAAUAAAGAGCAAACGGAAAAAGAGCAGAAAGUUAAUGUUAAAGAAACAACUCAAAGCAAACAAAGUAUAAAUCCCAAUGAUUCAAAAACUGCAGCAAAAACUCAAACUCCACAAAGCACAAAUAAAGAUGCAAAACCAAUAGCAAAAGAUAAACCUACAAAUACAAACAUAAAAUCCACACAAUCUCCCAAACCCACUAAAAAAGUCAUAAAAGUUGUGAGUAAAACUGUAGAAAAUAAAACGCCGCAGAUUACAAAGGCCUCCAACAUGAAAAAGGAAGAUGUUAAGGCUGAAAAAGAAACAAAGGAUUCAAAAGAGUCAACAGAAAAUGCAAAAGAAGUCACCAGCAAAGAUCAGAAAAUGGAAGAUUCUAACAUCAAGGAAGCAACAAUAAAAGAUGGUCAAAAGGAGGUGGCUACAACCAAGAAUGAAGCAAAUAUAAAAGAGGAAACAAUUGGAAAAGUUAAGGAGGCGACAAAGCUCCAGGAUGCCAUAAUAAAAGAGACUGAGACUGCAACAAAGAUAGAAGAAAAGGAUGUUAAAGAUACCAAGGAAACUAAAGUAACUUCAGAUGUUUCUUCAACUAAAGAAGUAACAAAAGUUGAAUUAUCUAAAAAAGAAACAAAAGUUGAAUCAUCUAAAGAACAAACAAACUCUGAACAAGCUAAUGAUACUAAACAAUCCGUAACGGACACAACAGAAGAAGAUAAGAGUGAAGUGGCAAUUACACCAAGAAUAACUAGAAGUCGUUUGGAAAAUAUCAAAUCAAAUGAAGAAUCUAAGGAGGGAAAAACUGAAAGAACACAAUCACCAAAAGCUAAAAAAUCUAGUGAAUCUCAAGCAGAAAAAUUGGAGAAAAGCAAAGUUGAGAAAACAACUAGUGAAGAAGAGAAUUUGCAAAAACUAGAAACAAAAAAGAAGGUGGGAUUGAAAGAAGUUGUUAAAACUGAAAGUAAAACUAAAGAGAAAGAAACUGCGGAAAAGUCUCAAAAAACUGAAGAACUUGAGGAUAAAACUUUAAAAACUGAAACUACAAAAGAGGAGAAGCUAGAGAAGGAACAUGUGGAUAAAGCACAAGUUAAAGAAGAGAAUAAAACUUCAAAGGCUAAAGCUACAAAACAGGAAGAGGAGGAGCAAAAGUCAACCAGUGAAGUUUUAGAAAGUGAAAAGGAAGAGAAGCACUUUGAACCAAGAAAAACUAGAAGCCAUGGUGAACAGAAAACUGAGGUAGACAAAGAAAAAACUGAAUCAUCCGCCUCAAAGGAAGAUUUAACCAAACAAAAGGAAGAUAAAGAUCAUGUUAAACCUAGAAUAACCAGAAGUCGUGCAGAACCUAAACAAGAAGAUGAAGCGACACAACUUCAAAUCGACGAAAAAAGUUUAGAUAAAGAGAAAAAAGACUCAAAGGAAACAACUCAACAAUCUGAAGAAAAAUUGACAAAACAAAAGGAUUCUGAUAAUCAAGUGGAAGAAGAAAAGUCUGAGACAAGAACAACUAGAAAACGAGGAGAACUUAAAGCUGAAUUGGGAAAAGAUACUAAGGAGACUGAAGCUAAAAUUACAGAAGAAACAAGUGCAACACUAGAUGAUUCUAAAACUCAAACGGAUGAAGGAAAAUUAGAGACAAGAACUACAAGAAAACAUACUGAAUUAAAGAAAGAAACAAAGGAAACGCAAGCUGAAGUUACAGAAGAAAAUGAUGCAACACUUGAUGAGACAAAAACACAAACGGAUGAAGAACAAUUUGAACCGAGAAAAACUAGGAAACGUGGUGAAGUUAAAGCUGAAUUAGAAAAAGAAACAAAUGCAACUCCAGCUGAAAUUAUAGAAGAAAAGGCAGCAACACUAGAUGAAUCAAAAACACAAACAGAUGAAGAACAGUUGGAACCCAGAAAAACUAGAAAGCGUGGAGAACUUAAAGAAACAAAGGAACAAACACAAGCUGAACUAUCGGAUGAAAAAGGUGCAACACUCGAUAAAACACAAACGGAGGAAGAUAUUAAUGAAUCCAAAAAGACUAGAAAGGGGGGUGAACUUAAAGAAACAAAGGAACAACCACAAGCUGAACUAUCUCAAGAAAAAGGUGCAACACAAGAAAAAACUCAAAUAGAGGAAGAACUAAGCGAACCCAGGAAAACUAGAAAACGGGGAGCACAUAAAGAAACAAAUGAAGAGUCUCAAACUGAAGAUGAAGAACAUUUGGAACCCCGUAAAACUAGAAAACGAGUAGAGCAUAAUGAAACAAAGAACAUAACACAAAGUGAAGUUUCCAAAGAAAAAAUUUCAUCUCAAGAUGAUAGUAAAAUACUCACAGAUGAAGAACAUUUUGAGCCGAGAACCACUAGGAAACGUGUGGCCCAAAAAGAUGAACAAGUCAAAGAAACAACUAAAACAACACAAAUUGAAUCUUCUGAGGAGAAAUUAUCACAGCAAGAACAAACCAAAGAGGAAACUCUUGAACCUAGAAAAACAAGAAGUCGUGCUGAAAUUAAAGAAACAGCAGAGAAAGAAACAACUGCUGAAGUUAAAGAACAAGCUGAAAAUAAAACAACUGAAAAGAUUGCAGCAGCAAUACAAGAAGAGAAAGAUAAUUCUGCAAAACAAACAGAAAAACCAACAAACCAUGAUGAUAAUAAAACACAAACAGAUGAAGAACAUGCCGAACCGAGAAAAACUAGGAGUCGUGCAGAUAUUAAAGCAACUCAAGCUGUAAACCCAGAAAAUGAACUUAAAGAAGGAAAAGAAACAACAAAAAUAUCUUCGGUUGAACCGUCUACGGAAAAAACUUCAACACAAGAUGCGGCAAAACCAGAAAAAGAUACCCCAGAAACUUCUACUGUUGAAUCGAGUUCAACACUAGAGGAUUCAAAACUUUCCACAGAAGAGCAAGAUAAAAAGCCCUCGAAUACCAAAAAACGUACAGAAAUUAAACAAAAACUCUCAAAUGCCGAUGAAAAAACUGAAAUAUCUCAAUCAGAGGACAUAACCUCUAACGUCGACAAAAAACCUGCCGAAGAAUCGCAAUUGGAAAAUGAAGACGUGAUCGCAGAACAAGCAGAGUCUUCAAUGUUUGAUACACUCUCAAAAUCCCAACAAGACAGUAUCAGUUUAGAUGCUGAUAUGUCUGGCAGUGAAUGCUCCUCUAUCACAUCAUCCAACUCGGACAAUACAAUACGACGAACUUUAAGAAAACGGGCAACGGAAACGCCAUUAUCGGAAAAUGAUAAAAAGAAGAAACUUUUUAAAGAGCCACCACCAUUGAAGACUACACCAACACCAGUGGCAGCGCAAAAGAUUGGUAAAUUUGAUAAGCCUACGGUUAUAGGAAGUACUACUAUAAAACGGGUUUUACGUUCACCAGCCUUGGAGGAGAAUCAAAGUUCUGGCAAAAAACCAAAAUUGGAUAAUACAUCAAAGAAAUCAACACGUUUUCGUAAUUUAAAUGACGAUUGUCUGGUAGAAGAAGAGUUGCCCGUUGUUACAGCGGAUGUUGUUACAAAAGAACAGGAUUAUUUGCAUGAGCCACAAGAAGUACCAGCAACAAAACAACAACUGCCUGAAACUUCACAAAACAAAAAUACUGAAUCAAGCAAGGAGCCCUUAAAUAAUACUGGCGUCCAAGAGAAAAAUACAGAAGAGAAACCAAGAAAUGCUAAAGGAAAAUUCGCACCGAUAAAAGAGCCUGAAAAAGUACUUCAGAAGGAAGUAUUGGGCUCUAAACAAACAACAAAAACUACUAAUAAAGUAGCUUUACAAGUAAUAAAACAACAAUCAGUUAAUAAAGAUCCUUUGAGCAUAAAGUCGAAUGUAAACAUCAAGAAAAGUUUACCCACAGAAGCUAAAGCAGUCAUUUCAAAUGUCUCCAAAGUACAAGAGACACCGGAACGUGUUAAAGGUAAUAAAACAAACAUUAAUGUUUCACCUACUAAAACUCCUGGAGGCGGCUCUACUACGGUGUUAACGGAUAAAACUAAAACUAUUAAGGGAAAAGUUAAUGUUUCCCCUACCAAAUCACCAGGCUCUUCUGCGGUGAUGUCAUUUUCAGAUUGGCUAAAAAGUAAGAAACAAAAUGUGGAAGUUGAAUCAACAGAGACUACUAGCACUACAAAAGAUACGACACAAGCAACAUCUGUCAACCCAAUUAAAGUAAAAGAUAAGCCAGUAACAAAAACAUCAGAAAUAAAGCCUACUGAAGAUAAAGACGAAAAGGAAGAAGUAGCUGAGAUUACGACAAAGGAAGACAACAAUAUGAUGUGUCAGAAUAAGGAAAAAGAAUUGCAGCCGGCAGCAAGACGUCCAGGGCGUCCACCUAAAGUCAAGCCAGCAGCGAAAAUCUCGGAAACAAAACCAGCAGAAGACAAAGACAAAACGCUAGAAAUGGCUGACACCACAACACAAGCAGACAACAAAAUAUUAAGCCAAAUUAAGGAAAAAGACUUGCAGUCAACUGUGCAACCUCAGCAGGAUUCUAAAGCUACAGAUGACAAAGAAACUUCGGAAAAUAUAACGGAUACCACACAACAGUUGGAUAAUAGUUUAUUACAACCUUCGGAUAAUCAGUUGCAAAAUGUGUUACAGCAGCAGAGCAGAAAAAGUAGUAGUAAAAAAGCUGUAAAACGGCUUUCUAACUCGAUUAGAAAAUCUACCCAAAAACGAGCCAGUCCAAUAGUAAUGGGAAAAUCAAAUACUCCCAAGGUCAGUCCACCCAAAUUGAAACCUAAAAAACGAGAAAUUGACUUGCUUAUAGAGUCCAUGUCUAAGGAAAUGAAAGAGGGUGGCAUAAAUGAUCUUCUAAACACACCCACACAUGUUAAGCGUCAACGCUUAUCAGUCAAAAGAAAUGUAAAUGACAGUAUGGAACAAUUAAAUACCAGCCAAGAGCCAUCUAUGGCAAAUGUCACGGCUGAAAUACCCAAAGUUAUGGAAUUUUCCGAAAAUUCAGACACCUCAACAACCACUAACACGCCUACAACUAAAGACAUAAACAAAUCGCCCACAAAACGUAAGACUCAGCAAAUUGCUGCUAAAACUAAAAGAUCCUCUUUACUACCCAGAGAUAUGCUUAAAACUCCUGACAUUAUGGCAAAUACAGAACAAAGAAUGUUCUCAACUCCUCCAUCCAAAGUAUUGUCUACCAAAUCACGCAAAUCUCUAAACAUUAAAGAGUUAGCUGGAACCGAAGCGGCAAAAACCACUGAAAUUGUUGCUGCUACUGAAAGCGUAGCAAAAUCUAGAAAAUCUAUGCCUCUUCUCACUCCAAAAGAUUCCAUGGAUAAAGUUGUUAUAGCUUCUGCUAGAAAAUCUUUAGUAAUACCUAAACAACAGCCCGCUAUACAAGCAAGUAAUGUUGUAUUUAAAACACCUAAACAACCGGCGGCAGGACAUCCUUCAACUUUACUAAAUCUAAUACCAAGUGCUGAUAAUAUAAAGAAAUUAUAUGUUGAUGAUCAUAAUAAACGUCUUAAGAUAACUCCCACAGCAAGUACUUUAAAAACUUACAAAUGCCGUAAGCUAAGAGUUCGUCUUAAUCGUUCCAUGGUAAAGAAAUAUUUCAAUGCUUUGAAUAAGAAUAAAAAGCAAGGUGCUGAAGUGCCCGUAGCAACAACCACAAAAGAGUCUUUACCAGUUAUACAAAAUAAUUCUGAAACUAAUUUACGUAUACAAUCGGUAGUUGACGCCGGCACCCUACUAAGUGCAACACCAACUUCCUCUACGGCGGAUGUACACGAACCAGCAGCACUUAUUGAUCAAACUCAACCGCAUAUGAUACCCAAUACAAACACCCUGCUAACACCUAUGCCAGUCAUUGAACCGGUACAACAACCAUAUAUCUUACCGACCACCACCCGCGCGCCAUCCACAGUGGCUCCCUUAACUACCACAACCCUAAUAAAUGUUCCUGACACAAAUGAAACUAUUGAGCUUAAAAAUGAAUUUGUAGAUGAAAAUCCCAUGGGAUUAAUAAAUGACGCCAUACUACCCGAUACACCAACACUAUUGGCCCGUGCUCAAACUAUAACAGAAGCAGCUCAACAUGCUCUCUCCAGUUCUGUUACACCCACAGAUAUACGUCUAUUGACUACAGACUCUAGCAGCAGCAACUAUGUGCCGUCGUUUGGAGUAACACCCACGGCUUUGGAUAAUAGAGGCACCUGUAUGUACACUUUCUUGCAUCCUGCCAAAUAUAAUCGUAAUCACAGCAAUGUUUUGCUGGACUAUUGUUGUCCAAAUUUGGAUGGUCCUAUGCCGGCCAUUGAUCCGACACGCAUACAUGCUCAGGUGCAAGUGCCGAUUAUAGAAUUACCCGCCUCUAUAGUUUUGACAACUAAGGUGGUAACGAGAGCCGAUUUGGAAAGUGGCAAUAGCUCUAUACCGGCUAUUAUACGUAAAAAGGCCGAAAAAAUAAGAAAAAAUCUUGCUACACAUCAUAAAAUGGCCACGGCUGCCACGACAAUAACAGCACCGCCGCCUGCGGUAAUACCCACAAUGGCACCAACACCCCGACCAGCCUUAACAGCCACCAUAAAUGCUUUGACCAAACAAUUACCACCCACCACAACUAUAACGGCGAAAAUAAGACACUCACUACCGGCGGAAUCACAAAUUUUGCCUACCCAGCCACCAGCUCCAACACCGCAAGCAGCACCCUCAGCAGCUACGCUUCCGAGAAACAUAAUUUCUAUUAUGCCCAAAGGAGCCGGACAUAUGACUGCAAUGAGUAAUGUGCAAAAUUCUUCAUUACGCUGCAAUUUAAGACGCUUUGAUGUGCUACUUAAACAGUUGGUACAACCUUUUGAAAGUUUAAGUUUUGUGGAUCGACAUCGUAUAAUAGAAGCUUUAAUAGGAACAGGCAAGUUUAGCGCUAAAGAUUUGGAUCAAACGUUAGUGUUAAUGGAAGAGUACAUAAAACAAACCCUGCUAUUGCAAAAUGAAACGCUUGAUCAUCCCACGCAACCACCCACUUCAGCAAUUUUAAAUACAAACAGUUAUAUAACAACACAACCAGCUAUUGCGGCCGCCAACACCUUGUCCGCCGGGCCCAUGCCCCAGCUGCAACCCUCACCCACUAUAUUGGCUUCCAGUCAACACCAUAAAGCGGUGAGAAAAGUACAAACGAGUCGUAAUAGAAAUACCACAUUAACUACAACCGCAACAUCAGCAGCAGGAGCUGGUGCUGGAAGUUCUGUUAUGGUCAAACAACGUCAAGUGCCUAUCUACGAUACAGAUCGUAAUAUCAUAGGCUAUCAAAUGCAAAUGAUGACACCUCUAUCAACAAUACCAGCUUAUACCAAGUCUACCAUGUCUACACAUACCGGUGCCAUAAUGUCCACAUCCAUGGACUCUAGCAAUAAUAAGAUAACCACCACAACGUACAGUGUGAAUAAACGACCCAUAAAAAGACCGGCACAGGAAUCACCGCGUGUCUUUUAUACAACCCCGCCUUUGAAAACUUCCACACCGAAAGCCUUAACAAAUCCUCAUCAGUACCCAACAGCAGCGACUUCAACACAACAUGGAAAGAAUACCAACACCAUAGCGAAGAAAACUCAGGGUUCCAUAGUAACAACUGUACGUUCUGGAGGCUCGUCUGCAAGUGGUAGUUCAGAGACCAUAACCACUACCACAAUGGCCACAGUGAAACGUGUUACACGCAGUACUGCUACCGGUUCAAAAAUCAUUAUAGUCUCCAAAUCGAAUCAAUCCAGUGAAGAAACCAUACUGCCCGACAGUAACAAUCAACAGCUGCCGACAGAGCCGCAUGCUGAAAUUAAAAAUGAAGAUGAUAUUGAAGAUUACCUAGCCUGACAUGAGGUGAAAAAAAGAUAAAAUUGCUGCAGAAACAUGCGUUUAAAUACUAUUAUCUAAAGUAAUGAAAAAACUUUUGUUAAAUGUAUUAAAACACAUAAUGUCAUUUAAAUCAGUGGUAGCCGAUCCCAAUUAAUAGGAGCCGAAAUCGAGAUCCCCCCCCGUGACCUUUCAAUUUUUUUGGGAAACAUAUUCUGCGCUACAUUAUCUGUACAGAGCCGAUCACACUGCUUCAAUUUAAAAUGUCUUUUAUAAAUAGAUUUUAAUUUAAAAAAAGUCUAAGUUUGCAUAUUUUAUCAUUUAAAAUUAACUAAAUUAAAGAAAACAUAUUAUUUUUUUAUUAAAUUUAUUUUUAGUUUUAUAUCAAGACUAAUAAUCAUUUUUGAAUAUUUUUUUAUUAAUUUCUCUCUAACAAAAAAAGAAAACACAACCAACUGUUAAUUACAGAAAUAAUGUAUAUAAUAUAACAAAAUAAAUACGUGUACAAUUAAUUAAUUUUUAAUAAUUAAUAACUCUAUACAUAUAAAACAUAAGUUUAGCAUUUAAGUUUUUCGUUAUAUUGGUUACAAAAAUUGCUUAUUUUUAUAUAAAAUAAUUCUUUAACAAAAAAAAAAAAACUCC